GAGAGAGAGUGACCCUUCAAAUGCCCCACCCACUUCCUUCUCUCUCUGAAACCCUCUCAAUUGAGAACAAGAUUUCUCUUUUUCUUUUUUUGAUGGCGACAUUGCUUUUUCUUUUUUUUUAAUGCUCUCUCUCGCUCUCCACUUCAUAAAGUGAACUGUAGAUGAAGAUGAACAAACGCCAAGGGAUCGGAUCCGAAACCCUAGUUUCUCGUUCUAAAUCCGUCAUAGCUUGAUACACUUCCCAUUUAUGUUAACAGGAUCUUGUGGAGAUACAGAACCUGCAUUUAGCGUUGAGAUCUAGCGUUAUAUCAGUUGAAUGGGCCAGCAUUCUGCUAUACAUACUGUUAAAUUCCCAAAUAAAACAUAAGGGUUUUCCCCCUUGUCUUUCAAAUUGUCUUAUAGAAGUAAACAUGGGGGCAAAAUGCUGCAUGCCUGUUAGGGAUGAUAUGCCCAUGGUUUUGAGGAAGAAAGAUAGAGUCCCCCAUGAGCUUUAUUCGCGGAGAAGUAGUAGAUGCUCACCUUCAUGGAGCUUCAGAUGUGACAACCGAACACAUAUAGAGGAUAUAGUGGACAACCCUUCUUGGCUUUCUCAUGAAAGUGGUGGUAGUGCUGUCUCAGAAUUUAUUAGUACAUGCGAUGGAGAAAUUGAAGGUCUUUCAGAUGGGAGCAGUUCAUCCAAUACUCUUCAGUUGCCCAAGUUGCAGAAGCUCCCUAAUGAGUUGAACAUAAAGGGGAACUCUCAAACUGGUCUUGCAGGUACUAAUAUUGCUAUGCACAAAACAGAUCUUUCCCCAACAAAGGAUACAUCACAUGAGGAAUCAGAGAUCAGAGAGUCCUCGAGCCCUGCAAAUGCUUCAGAACCAAAACAAUCCUCUACAGCCCAUACAGCUUCUGUACCAAACCUUAGGUUUUGCUCCCCACCAUCUAAUCCAUCAUCACCACACCCUUUUCCAGGUCACAGAUUCUCUCCACAAAUCUCUGAAGGCCAGGUUCUGGCAUCUGAUAGCUGGAUCAUGCAGUCAUUCUCUCAGCUUUAUCAAAGCGACAACAGAGCAAGUACUCACUUAUCCUCAUCUACCUCCAAUCUACAGACUUGCUGCUUGUGCUCAAAGCUAGUAACAGAGAGGGCCACAUGGAAGGGAAAUGAGAUCACCGUGGCUGCUGUUCUUGUUUGUGGGCAUGUCUUUCAUGCCGAGUGCUUGGAAACUGUGACACCUGAGGCUUCAAAAUUCGAUCCAAGUUGUCCUACUUGCUUUCAUGGAGAGAACUCUUCAGGAAAUGCAUUAAUAACUUGUUCUAAGUCUAGGAAUAAGAUUUCGAGGGGAGCUGUAGCUGAUAUCAAUGGUGAUGGAAAGCUCGUUAUGAAAGAUCUGAAAUUGGGAGCUAGCAUCAGUGUGAAGAAUGCCUUAGGCUGGUCAUUCUUGAGAAAGCAUUUAGCGUUUGGGUCUCGAUCUAUAAAACACUCAUCAAAGAGUGGAUCCUUUGUCAGAUAUCGGUAGGAGGAGUUGAAUGAGAUAAUGAAAGAGGUGUUGCGGCAAAGAAACUCUCUGCAAGAUUUGAAGAUUUUCCUCUCUCUCGAGCAAGUGUCUGAAGAUGGAGGACUUUUGAUUCAUCUUUUGUAUAGUUUUUGUUGUGUAUAUAACUGUUCUUUAUCUUUCAUAUGUUGACUAUAGAAAAUUAAAAUUCUACUAUGCACAUGUAUGGCUGGCUU